CAAGAAAGAACUCUUCAGCAUUUACAAUGAAAUUUGACAUUACAAUGAUAUGACUUAUAACUAAGUUUUUAACCAUACAGUUAUACAGUUACUUCAUUCUUCCUAAUAAUUGGUGUCAUACAGGUGUACAGGUUAAUGCAGGGAAGGAUUAUUAUGUGUGUCAUUAACUGAUCUCUAGUACUAUGUCUAUAUGUUGUUUUAAUUCUGUACAAUGGAAUUUAUAAUAUUUCAUGUAUUUAUAUUUUAAAUGUUUAUGUAGAAAUCAGUAAAUUAUUGCCUUAAAUGCUUGUACAUUCACGCAAAUUAACAUUAAAUUUGUGUUACUAAUUAAGAUUGAGUGUAAGUAGAAUCUUUAUUUUUCAUGGCCUUUAUUUCAUAAGUAUACUUUUAAAUAUGUAAAACAAGAUUGAACAAAACUUUUGAACAAAUUAACUGUGAUAAAUGAAGAUGAACAAUUGGUCUACUCUCUUUUUGCGCAUGUAAUUUUUAUGGAUAGAGUAAUUGCUUUUUAGUCAUCAAACAUUUUUAAGUCACAAAUGUGCACACCUUGUGACACCUUCCAUAUCCGAUAUAGUUAAAACCUGGAGUAAUAAACGCAGGAUGCUAAGUUAUACAUUAUAAUGCACAUCAGUGAGCGGUUUGGAUCACAAGUAAACAGCUUAAGUUCAACAUUUGCUACGGACUGUGAAAACUGUUAAAAAGAAGAUUUAAAAUGUCUUCCAGUGCCAAGAAAGUUAAAAAGGCGGUCUUGAGACGCCUCAGUGUUUUUAGCGGAAUAGGUCUAAGUGGUAUAGAUCGGCAGACGAGUUGGCCGGCUGUAUCUCCAUCCUCCUCAAGAUUUGACCAAUGGAGAUAUGAGCAACCAGUUGAUAUUACUAAUCCUCUUGCAAUUAGACGGACUUUAGAUCGAAGGGUAACAUUUGACUCAGUUUGGCACAGUAGACACAAAACUGAGGACGAUUUUGCUGAAAUUACAGAUGAUGCAGAUGCAAAUAAAAAGACAGAAAGGAAGACACGCUGCUCGGAAUUCAGUUUGUUGACUUCUUCCAUUUCUGAAAAUGACACACAUAAUCAUAGUUAUGUAAAUACAAUAUUUAAAAAUGCGGAAUUAAACCACAAUGAUGUGUUUGUCUCAGCAUUUGGGAAAAAAGGAACCAAUGCCGGGGAUUACCAAGACGCCAAACAUAUCACGUGUUUUUCAAAUGGAGAACUUCUUAUAACUGAUUUGAUAAAUGACCGUUUACAAAUUUGCAGCAACGUUACAUCCUCUGUGACAAUAUUUUCGCCAGAUGAAAUAAAACAGCCCUGGGCAACUGCAGUUACCACGGAUGGCAACAUUGCUGUGACUUCAUGCAAAGAAAGAUGUGUAAAGUUGUUUAACAUAAAAGGAGAAUUUAUCGACGAAUUUGGUCAAAAAUAUUUUGUGCGCCCAACAGGACUUGCUGUCGACAACUAUGGAAAUUUUAUUGUCUGUGACUCUGUCAUUGAUAAAGUCUCCAUGUUCGACAAAAAUGGAACAUUUAUUCGCUUUCUGGGAAAUUCUUUUAUACAGGAAGAAUGUUUCAAUUCACCACGUUAUGUCUGUGUCUCUAUAACUGGAGAAAUUAUUGUAUCUGAUUGCGGACAUCAUAAGAUUAAAGUGUUUGACUCAGAUGGAAAUUUCAUACGUUCGUUCGGUUCUUUUGGAAACGGCGAUAGGCAGUUAAAAUGUCCAUACGGUGUAAGUACAAACAAAUACGGUGAUAUCUUUGUAUCCGACCAUUAUAACAGCCGGAUAUCAAUGUUUUCGCGGGAGGGAGUAUUCAUCCGCCAUGUUGUGACGUCAGAGCACGGUCUGGUUCAUCCACAAGGACUGACGAUCAGCCACGAUCUAUAUAUGUACAUAUCUCAUGGCCACCUGAAGGCGAACGAAAUUCUCGUGUAUAAACUUUCAGAUGCUUUAGAUUAUGAAUAUUCUAAUAUUAUACAUUAUGUUUAGAAAAAGAUACAAUACGAAACGUUUAACGCCCUCAGAUACCCUUGUCAAUAAAUGUCUUAUUAUUCAGAUAACAUUUUUGAAUUUGUUCACUUUUUUAGAAAAUCAUGUUGAAAAUAAAGUGUGAAUAUUCACCAAAAU